AUGUAUAUUAAAAGGAAACACCAUGUGAAGAAGACAACGUUCCUGACAGAGCAAGUUAGUGCUCUAAUUGCGCAACGGAUUCCUCCCAAGUACAAUGAUUCUAGUUGUCCAACCAUUGUAUGCAGCAUUGAAAAUCAUGAGUUUGGGCAAGCUUUGCUAGAUUUAGGAGUUAGCGUGAAUGUAAUGUCAUCUUCUAUUUAUUUGCAGUUGGGGUUGGGAAAAAUCAAACCAACCACUGUGGACUUGCAAUUGGUUGACCAUUCAGUCAAAGUACCUCGAGGUGUGGUAGAAGAUGUUCUAAUUCAAAUUGACAAAUUUUAUUAUCCUGUUGAUUUCCUAAUCCCUGACACUAGCUCUGUUGUUGAUACUACUAAAAUUCCUUUGAUUUUAGAUAGGCCUUUCCUUGCCGCUGCUAAUACUCUUAUUAAUUGCAAGAAUGAGCUCAUGAAGAGGUCUUUUGGAAACAAGACUCUCGAGGUGAACAUCUUUCAUAUUGCAAAACAACCAGAAGAUGAUGACGAGAGUCAUCAGACAUACAUGAUUAACUCACUCAUGGAUAGGGGAGUUUUUAUAGCUCAUGAUUUUGAUCCCCAUGAGUAUUUUCUUGUUAAUUCUGAGUUUGAUUCUAUCAAUGAUCCAUAUGAUCAAGGAACUAGCCCUCAUAGAGACCCUCAGCGUAAGCUUAAUCCCAUUAUGAAAGAAAUGGUGAAGAAUGAAGUGUUGAAACUAUUAGAUGCAGGAAUCGUAUAUUCUAUUGCUGAUAGUAAAUGGGAAUUUGACAUCACCAUCAAAGACAAGAAAGGAGUGGAGAAUGUAGUGGCUGACCAUCUCUCGAGGCUUAUAUUUGAGGACACCUCUGGCAACCUGCAAAUCAGGGAUGAUUUUCCCAAUGAGCAUUUACUUUCUAUUACUUCUCUACCAUGGUUUGCUUAUAUUGUGAAUUAUUUGGCUGCGGGUGAGAUACCAGUCGAUUGGAGCGCUUAA